GACGGUCGAGAUUUGCAGCAAAUACUGGAUAGAGGGUUACAUUUUUAUAGUGUAAAUCAUCUUUAAUAAAGGUUUAUCAUUAAAUCUAUUGAUUUAUUUUAAAUUGUUGUCAAAAUUUGUUGUUUUACUUCAAAGCUCUCAAAUUAGAGUAGUCAGACAGCAGUUGAAACAAGGAACAUCUUCACUCACCGCUCACCGCCGCGGACGUUUGCAGAUGAUGAGAUGUCAAAAUCAAAGUUUGGUCCUCUGGUUGGUGCCAUAGAUGAGGGAACUAGCAGCUGUAGGUUUUUGGCAUUUGCGUCGAACACAGCCGAGGUGCUGACUUACCACCAGCGCGAGGUGCGGCUGAUCUACCCGCGCGAGGGAUGGGUCGAACAGGACCCGCUAGAGGUGAUGGAGGCGGUGCACGAGUGCAUAGAGCGCACUGUUGCCAACCUGCGCCACCUGGACAUCGACCCCAGUGCUCUGGUCGCCACGGGCAUCUCCAACCAGCGCGAGACAACUGUCGUCUGGGACAAACUCACUGGCAAGCCGCUCUACAAUGCUAUCGUGUGGCUGGACGUUCGAAACACGGACACCGUGGACCGUAUGGUGGCGAAGACGCGCAACCGCAGCGCAGACUAUUGGAAGCCGGUGUGUGGCCUGCCCAUUAGCACCUACUUCAGCGCCUGCAAGCUGCGGUGGAUGAUGGACCAUGUCCCCGCCGUAACGCGCGCCAUGCGCCAGGGCCGCUGUCUCUUCGGCACUAUCGACACCUGGAUCAUAUGGAACCUGACUGGAGGAGUGAACGGUGGAUUGCAUAUCACCGAUGUGACCAACGCAUCCCGGACCAUGCUCAUGAAUAUCAAAACAAGGGAAUGGGAUCCCACUCUCUGCUCGUUCUUUGGUAUUCCCGAAAAUAUUCUGCCCGAAAUAAGGAGCUCGGCUGAAAUCUAUGGCCACAUUACGUCAGGUGCACUUCUAGGUCUUCCAAUUUCGGGAUGUUUAGGUGACCAGCAAGCAGCUUUAGUGGGACAGAUGUGCUUUGAACAGGGUCAGGCCAAAAAUACAUACGGCACCGGAUGUUUCCUAUUAUACAAUACCGGUACACUGAUUGUGCAGUCAACUCACGGCCUGUUGACAACUGUUGGUUAUCAGCUGGGCAAAAAGGCACCUGUUAUCUACGCACUGGAAGGCUCAAUAGCUAUUGCCGGCGUUGCUAUGAGGUGGCUGCGUGACAACCUGCACCUGCUGAAGCGUGUCGAGGACUCAGCUGGGAUGGCGGGUCGCGCCCGCAGCACUGGUCACGUGGUAUUUGUGCCCGCCUUUUCCGGCCUCUAUGCGCCCUACUGGCGCCAGGAUGCUAGGGGCGUGAUCUGCGGCAUAACAGAGGAGACGUCGAAGGAGAACAUAGUGAAGGCGGCACUGGAGGCGGUGUGCUUUCAGACACGUGACAUCCUGGAGGCGAUGAACGCCGACUGUGGCAUACCCCUCACGAGGCUGCUCGUCGACGGCGGCAUGACCAUCAACAACUAUGUCAUGCAGACACAGGCCGACCUGUGCGGUAUACCUGUCGUGCGCCCGGUGAUGACUGAAACGACGGCGCUGGGCGCUGCUAUGGCGGCCGGGUGCGCGGAUGGCAUCAAGGUGUGGGACAUCCAUAACAUCCACGCCGUGCCCAACGACACCUUCCAUCCAUCCAUCACCGAAGACGGUAAUUAAUCUCAAGCAUAUUCAUGAUAUCAUAUUAUUAUUGCUUUAUUGAAUGAUAGACAAGGAUAUU